UCGCCGUGGGCGCGCGCCCCGCCAGCCCUCGGGGGGCCCCCACGGGAUUGCAAGGAUGACCGAAGGGGCGGAGGCGGCGGCCGCGCGUUGAGCGGAACCUGCAGAAGCCCUCGCUAUGGGUCCGCGCGCGUUCUCGCCCCUCGCCUCUCUGCGACUAAGGUGGCUGCUGGCGUGUGGCCUGCUGGGCCCGGUCCUCGAUGCCGGACGGCCAGACCUUCAACAGACCGCGCGUCUUUCUUCUUAUGAAAUUAUAACUCCUUGGAGAUUAACUAGAGAAAGAAGAGAAGCUCUGAGGCCCAAUUCAGAGCAGGUGUCUUACGUCAUCCAGGCUCAAGGAAAACAACAUAUUAUUCACUUGGAAAGAAACAUAGACCUUUUACCUAACGAUUUUGUAGUUUACACCUACGAUGAGCAAGGCUCCCUGCUCUCUGGCCAUCCCAAUGUACAGAGUCACUGUCACUAUCGAGGCCACGUGGAGGGCAUGCACAAUUCAGCGGUUGCCGUCAGCGCCUGCUUCGGACUCAGAGGAUUGCUGCAUUUUGAGAACGCCAGCUUUGGGAUUGAACCUCUGUACAAUAGCUCUCACUUUGAACACAUCUUUUACCCCAUGGAUGAUGUGCAGCAAGAACCGCUGAGAUGUGGAGUUUCUAACAGGGAUGCAGAGAAGGGAGCCACAGAGGGUGAGGAGGAAGAGCAUCCGAGUGUGACUCAGCUGCUGCGGAGAAGAAGAGCUGUGCUCCCGCAGACCCGCUACGUGGAGCUGUUCAUCGUUGUAGACAAGGAAAGGUAUGACAUGAUGGGAAGAAACCAGACUGCUGUGAGAGAAGAGAUGAUUCGCUUAGCAAACUACCUGGAUAGUAUGUAUAUCAUGUUAAACAUUCGAAUCGUGCUAGUUGGACUAGAAAUUUGGACAGAUAGAAACCCGAUCAAUAUAAUUGGAGGUGCUGGCGAUGUGUUGGGCAACUUCGUACAGUGGCGGGAGAAGUUUCUCAUACCACGUCGGCGACAUGACAGUGCUCAGUUGAUUUUGAAGAAAGGCUUUGGUGGGACUGCAGGAAUGGCAUUUGUAGGAACAGUAUGUUCACGGAGCCACGCAGGUGGGAUUAAUGUGUUUGGGCAAAUCACCGUGGAGACAUUUGCAUCUAUUGUUGCUCACGAGUUGGGACAUAACCUUGGAAUGAACCAUGAUGACGGGAGAGAGUGUUUCUGUGGAGCAAAGAGCUGCAUCAUGAACUCAGGGGCAUCAGGUUCCAGAAACUUCAGCAGUUGCAGUGCAGAGGACUUUGAGAAAUUAACUCUGAACAAGGGAGGAAGCUGCCUCCUUAAUAUUCCGAAGCCUGACGAAGCUUACAGCGCGCCCUCCUGUGGUAAUAAGCUGGUGGACCCCGGGGAAGAGUGUGACUGUGGCACACCAGAGGAAUGUGAGUUGGACCCCUGCUGUGAAGGAAGCACUUGUAAGCUCAAGUCAUUUGCUGAAUGCGCAUACGGAGACUGUUGUAGGGACUGCCAGUUCCUUCCAGGUGGCUCUAUGUGCAGAGGAAAAACCAGUGAAUGCGAUGUCCCCGAGUACUGCAACGGCUCCUCCCAGUUCUGCCCGCCCGAUGUCUUCAUUCAGAACGGAUAUCCUUGCCAGAACAGCAAAGCCUACUGCUACAACGGCAUGUGCCAGUAUUACGACGCGCAGUGUCAAGUCAUCUUCGGUUCAAAAGCUAAGGCUGCCCCAAGAGACUGCUUCAUUGAAGUGAAUUCUAAAGGUGACCGAUUUGGCAACUGUGGCUUCUCCGGCAGUGAGUACAAGAAGUGUGCCACUGGGAACGCUCUGUGCGGCAAGCUGCAGUGUGAGAAUGUCCAGGACAUGCCCGUGUUUGGGAUAGUGCCAGCCAUCAUUCAGACUCCGAGCCGGGGCACCAAGUGCUGGGGUGUGGAUUUCCAGCUUGGCUCAGAUGUUCCAGACCCAGGGAUGGUGAACGAAGGGACAAAAUGUGAUACUGGAAAGAUUUGUAGGAAUUUCCAGUGUGUAAAUGCUUCUGUCUUGAAUUAUGACUGUGACAUUCAGGAAAAAUGUCAUGGCCAUGGGGUAUGUAAUAGCAAUAAGAAUUGUCACUGUGAGAAUGGCUGGGCUCCUCCACAUUGUGACACUAAAGGAUAUGGAGGAAGUGUGGACAGCGGCCCGACAUAUAAUGCAAAGAGCACAGCGCUGAGGGACGGGCUUCUGGUCUUCUUCUUCAUAAUCGUUCCCCUUGUUGCACUUGCCAUCUUCCUCUUCAUCAAGAGAAAUGAACUACGGAAAACCUUCUUCAGAAAGAAGAGAUCACAAACAUUUGAAUCAGAUGGAAGAAAUCAAGCAAAUGUCUCCAGACCGCCAGGAGGCCCAAGUGUCUCCAGACAGCCAGGGGUCCCAAAUGUCUCCAGACAGCCAGGGGGCCCAAAUGUCUCCAGACAGCCAGGAGGCCCAGGUGUCUCCAGACCACCAGGGGGCCCAAGACAGCCAGGGGCCCCAAGACAGCCAGGGGGUCCUCAGCAUGUUUCUCCAGUUGGCCCAUCUAGAGAUACUACUGUGCAUGAAAACAGAUUUCCAGUACCAACGUACGCAGCCAAGCAGCCUCCACAGUUUCCAUCAAGGCCGCCUCCACCACAACCGAAAAUAUCACCUCAGGGGAAUCUGGUUCCUGCUCGGCCAGCUCCCGCGCCUCCUUUAUACAGCUCCCUCACCUGAUGGUAGACUCUUAUUUUUCAAAUGUCUUCAGGGAACUGAGCAAAUGUUUUUUUU